GAUUGGUUUAGAAGGAGGCGCAGACAAACGCUUCAUGUGCAAAUACAUUGCGCCUACUUGUAUGAGGGAAUAAAAUACAGCACCUUUAAAUAGUCGUCAGAUAAACGACUCAAAUAUAUUACAGUACAGUAUGACCACGUUAGUUCUUGACAAUGGAGCUUAUACCGCUAAGAUUGGAUAUAAUCACGAAAAAAUCAGCGUCAUCCCAAAUUGUCAGUUCCGCUCCAAGACGUCAAGACUGAAGACUUUUACUGCCAACCAACUGGAUGAAAUAAAGGACCCGUCGGGACUUUUCUACAUUCUACCUUUCCAGAAAGGUUACCUUGUCAACUGGGAUGUCCAGAGAAAAGUAUGGGACCAUCUAUUCGGAAAAGAAAUGUUCAAGGUGGACUUUGCAGAUACCAGUAUAGUGAUCACAGAGCCCUACUUCAACUUUACCUCUAUCCAGGAAUCUAUGAACGAGAUCCUAUUUGAGGAGUACCAGUUCCAAGCAGCACUGAGAAUCAAUGCGGGGUCUCUGAGCGCGCACCACUACUUCCAGCAGAACAGCCCGGAGCUGUGCUGCAUCGUGGUAGACAGUGGCUUCUCCUUCACACACAUCGUCCCUUACUGCCGGGGGAAGAAAAUGAAGGACGGAAUAUGCCGGAUCAACGUAGGAGGAAAGCUACUGACAAAUCAUUUAAAGGAAAUUAUCUCAUAUAGACAGCUUCAUGUCAUGGACGAGACGCAUGUUCUUAACCAAGUGAAGGAGGAUGUGUGCUAUGUUUCCCAGGACUUCUACAAAGACAUGGAGAUAGCCCAGUUGAAAGGGGAGGACAACACUGUGAUGAGAGACUACGUACUACCAGACUUCAGCUCCAUUAAAAAGGGCUUUUGCAAGCCCAGAGAAGAGAUGAACUUCACAGGCAAGUACAAAACGGGGGAGCAGAUCCUGCGCUUGUCCAACGAGCGCUUUGCUGUGCCCGAGAUGCUCCUCCACCCCUCGGACAUCGGCAUCCAGGAGAUGGGCAUCCCCGAAGCUCUGGUCAACUCUAUCAACAGCCUGCCAGAAGAGAUGCAGCCUCAUUUCUAUAAGAACAUCAUCCUGACGGGAGGCAACACGCUGUUCCCGGGGUUCAGGGACCGGGUGUACCAGGAGGUCCGCUCGCUGGCCCCUGCAGACUUCCACGUGUCUGUGGUUCAGCCCCCAAAUCCAAUAUCUUACCCGUGGGAAGGAGGAAAGAUUUUAGCGGACAACCCUGACUUUGACGAGAUGGUGGUCACUCGAGACGACUAUGAGGAAAAUGGACAUUUCAUCUGCGAAGAAAAAUUUGAUAUCUAAUGAACUUUUAAUCGAUUUUGGUUAAACAGUACACACUACAGGUACUCAGUUGAGGUCUGAACUAUGUACUAACACACAAGAAACUACAAUGAAACUAUUUACUAUUCCACCCCUCAGUUUGCUGGCAAACUGAGAGGAUGCAGGACCAUUACAGAACCACACAAAUAACAGUCCAUGGCUCACCCAUGAAAUGCAUUUACAUUAAGUGUAAAAAAAUAGUUGUAUUGUCUGUGAAAUAAAUUUGGACUCACCUUUGUUACAAAUAGUAUAUGCAUGUUUACCUUUUGAAGCAAUGAUCAGAUGCUUGAUUCAAUUCCAAAUGUUGACAUAAUUAUGUUCACCAAUACCAGUCGUUUUGGACAGGGCCUCUUUGGUGCAAAUUUAUGGAAGGGAAGUUUUGAAAGUACGCUAGAGAGAACACCAAUCAGUGGUUCUUAAUUGAAUGUGCAACAAGAGACUCUUAUCACAGUCUUGGUUUUUCAGUAUUGCGCACGUUAACGAAAGGCUGACAUUUAUAUGUAUUUACAAGUGAGCAGUAGUAACACUCAUUAUCAAGUAGCCUUAGACAUUAUUUACUGCCACUGCAGUAAAAAAAAAUUGAAAGGCCAAAUCUAAGGUGCCCAAUACUGCCCUCCUCCCCCCUAGAGUCUGUUGCAUGUGCCUCACAAAAAUAUGUAAACAUCUGCUGAAUACAUAACACCAGAAAAUGUAUUUACACAGUGUUGCACAAUAUGUGUCCUUGGUAUGUUUCGAAAUGAAUUAAAUGUGGUGUAGAGCUUGUUUUUAUAGCUUUUAUAGCUUUUUUUCUUUGUAGACCAUGCUCUGUACUACACUAUACUAUAAUGAUUCAUCCCUGUACACAAAGUUACAGCUGACAACUUCAUGUUUGUCAUAUCUGCUGUAAGGGAGGCUGCAGUUUCAUAGAAAAGGGUAUGCAAUGAUGU